AUGUGGCUGGAGCUCUCUUGCAAAGUAAAAGUCUCAGCAGUAUGUAGGAAUGGCGCCCUUAUCAGUAUGUAUCAACUAUUGUGUUACCAAGAACCAGAUUAUCAGCAGGAGGACUCAACAGCCCAUGUUGAACCAGAAGCUACUUCUAUUGUGCUCCUCAAUGUUCAUUCUUCCAGUAGUGUGAGUGUGCCACUGAGGGCCCCUGGGAUCGCUGCUCCCCUUGGGAGAACCCCUGGCGGCGCCACCGCCCCUGGAAGGGUCCCUGGGGGCGCCAUCACCCCUGGCAAGGCCCGUGGGGGCUCCACAGCCCCUGGGAGGGCCCCCGUGGACGUCAAUGCCCCUGAGAGGUCCCCGGGGGCACCGCCGCCACUGGGAGGAUCUCUGGGAAUGCUGACGACGUUGGGAGGGCCCCUAGAGGACCUGCCGCCCCUGAGAGGGCCCCUGGGAUGGCCACCGCCACGGCAGGGCUCAUGUGAUCGCCACCACCGUUGGGAAGGCCUUUGGAAGUGCCACCGCCCCUGGGAAGACCCCUAUGGCACCGCUUCCCCUGGGGCCACUGCCGCCCCUAAGGAGGGCCCCUUGGGGCAUUGCCGCCACUGGGAGGGCCCCUGGGUUCUCCCAGGGCACCUUCCCAAGGGCAGCGGCACCCCCAGGGGCCCUCGCAGAGGCACCAUCAGGGGACCUCACUGGGGCGGCGACACCCCUAGGGGGCCCUCCAAAGGACAGCAGUUCUCCAGAAGCCCUCCUUUUGGAUGGUGGCGACCCCCAAGGGGCCCUCUCCAGGGCGGCAGCGCUCCCAGGGGCCCUCCCUAG